AUCGUGCAAGUCCUCACCCUGAUCCAUAUUCGCCUCGUCCUCUCUCUUCCGAUGUCCAAAGUUCUUGAAAGCGAAGAUGAAUCUGACCCACACAACCCAUUGCUUGUGGCCGUCUCUAGCGAAGCCCGUCAGCCGGUCCGGCGAUUUCAUUGCACCAAUGAAGCGGUCGGUCCGCCCUCUGUUCAGCAUUCUUCUGCUCACCGUAUUCGCCGUCACCGUCACCUUCCCUUCCCCUCAAACAAGCCAGUGUCUCUUUCCCUUGCCACUCACGCCGGUUCCACCUCUCACCCGCUCUUCCAAGACCCGGAACCCACUCCUGACCGGGCCAGAGAUCGCCGCCGAGCGGUCCGAUUGGCGUGGGAGAAGCUGCUUCGCUGGUCCCGCUCUUGGCGCUCCAAGGCCAAGACCGAUGUUCUUGAGCGUACUAACAAGGUCUACAAAAUGGGUUUAAGUUUGGUUUUUUUUUUCGCUCUUGAGCCACGUGGCUUAUUUUUGGCCUUGGAUCUCUUUAAAGAGAUCCAAGCCAUCAACCGGUUCCAAAUGAAAUGGAGAGGAUCCUUUUCCAUGUCUCCCUCUCAUCUGAACCGAUAGUGUGGGAAAUAGCUUUGCGAAGUUUAGGAGGCCCUUAAUUUGCUGCGCUCAAGGGGCAUAGAACAAGAAGGGAUAUGGCUGAUCUGCAAGAGUAAGUCGAAGAGAGUUGGAUGGUAGAUUAAAUAGAAGAGCCUUGAAAGAUUAGCCGUGACGCCUUUGGGUUUAUUUCUCAUUAUCAAAUAGGCACAUAGUGCUGAAAUUGACUGUCUUAGACCAGGAGUAUCCCCAGAAGGGAAUACUUAGAUUUUCUUCCAUGAAUUCUCUUUUUUCACCUACUUCUCUCCUUCCAUCACCUAGAUGGCGGUUCACACCACAUCAUCAAGGACAACCACAAAAAUUAUGGUCAGACUUUCACCAUUAUCUUGGUCGCCGCCCCUUUUCGCCUUCUCUCUCAUUGCCAUUCAUUUCCCAUCGUUCUUUACGUGCUCCUAAGUUAUCCAUUGGUGCUACAACUCCCCCAAAUGAAGGAGCAGUAUCUGUAAUCAACAUCGAAGACUUUGUUGAAAAAGAUUGGUCAUUUCUUGAUUCAGAUAAUUUCAUUUCCGGAGAUGAGCUUAACACAAAGAUUGACCGCAUUAUUUCUGCAGGAGAGAUUGAAAAAACUUCUAAGGUUUUGGUUUCACUUGGUUCUGAAGGAUUUGUAGAUCGGUUGGUUGAUUCAUCACCAUGCAAUCUUUUGCUUGUCGUCCAUGAUUCAAUUUUUGUGUUAGCUUGCAUCAAAGAAAAAUAUGACACGGUUAAAUGUUGGCAAGGAGAACUUAUAUGUGUACCAGAGAAGUGGGCACCACUAGAUGUUGUGUUCCUCUAUUUUCUGCCUGCUUUGCCCUUCAAGCUUGACCAGGUUUUGGGAGCACUUGCAAAACGUUGUCUGCCAGGUGCAAGAGUGGUUAUUAGCCAUCCCCAAGGAAGGGAAGCCUUAAAGCAGCAGCGACAACAGUAUCCGGAUGUAAUAAUAUCUGAUUUGCCUGAUAAGAUGACUUUACAGAAAGUUACAGCUGACCAUUCCUUUGAGAUGGUUGAAUUUGUAGAUGAGCCUGAGUUUUAUCUUGCUGUUUUGAAGUACUCUUAGGCAAGGAAUUGCUAACAGAUUUUUGCCUAAACCAAACUUGAUUUCAUUUUGUCAUGGGAACAGUUUCAACGUGACAAUAUCAUAUGGAAUAGUUGUGUAUUUGAUCUAGUACUACAGAUUCACACCA